CGCCCGGAACACACACGGUGGUGUGGGGAGUCUCGCUCGGAACACAGGGUGUGCGGGGUGUGGUGUUCGGAGAGGGACGCUCGGUGGCCGCUGGACAGCACUGAGCCGGACGGACUGGACACGCCACGGAGACGGAACGGUCGCCAGGCUGAGGAUCGGGAGCGGUGGAUACAGACAGGUCUGAGCCAUGGGCUCUGCACGGCGCCCGUCCGGCCUCAGGGCCGAUCUUCUCCGCCCCAUCUCCCGGGUCUGAGGCCCCGCAGCGACGGGAGGCUCCCGGGACGCUGGGAAGACUGCAGCUGCUCCCCGCGCGUGGUCGUGAGAAGCGGCGAAGGACAUCGGAUAAUUGCAGACGCCUGACGAGACCGGCAGAGGACCUGGCGUGGCCGUGAACCCGUGUGAUAGACGCGUGAGCUCGAACGCAUGGCUGUACUCACGGAACUGACGGCGCCGGGCCAGGGAAGCUCCACCCCGGCGAGCCGCGCGGCCGCCGGCGCCGUGCCGCGACCCGGGGGUCAAAUGGUGACCUCCUCUGACCCGGAGAGUGACACCAGUGACCCGGCCACGGACCAGAGCAGUGACAGUCUGGCGCGCUCGGCGGCCGCCGGGCCGGGUCAGCGGGCGACGGCCGCCGCACCGGCCACCCAGGCGCUCAACUCGCGGGUCAGGCUGCCGAUGAGCGUGCGACUCUCCGCGGCGCCCGGGUCGUCACACGACUCCACACACGAGUCCGGGCAGGAGUCGGGUCAGGACUCUGCGCAGGAGUCGACACACGACUCGGCGCAGGAGUCCGCAGAAGAGUCCGGUCAGACUUCGGCCCACAAUUCCAGCCAGGAUUCCACCCAUGGAUCGCCGACGGCGUCCGACAGCGACAGCAAAGGAACGGCGAGUGGCGGCAGCCUGACCUAUGUCACGCCGGACGAGUACAUGCGGCGACAUGUGCACCCGAGGCCAGCGCGGGCCCGCAGCAGCCACCGGCGUCGAUCCAGGGAGGUCUCCUUCUCCAGCGAGUCGCCCGAGCUCUACUUCCAGUCGGGCCGGAAGUACACACACCGCUCGUAUGGAGGCCUCUGUCUCAGCAUGUCCAUAGUCGCCGUCAUCGUGGCCGUUAUAGGCAUCGUGUCCGUUGCCGCCUACCUCGGAGUCGCGACCAAGGAGGAUAAACAAGCUUUACAAUACGAGAUGCAGUACGCGGGACAGUUCCGCGUUCUGCACGGAGACGUUUACCACCGGGAGCUGGAAGACGCGCGGUCGGACGACUUCAGACACAAGGCCGCUCGCUACCAGAGAAUGCUGGAGACGCUGUACGGAGCCAGCUCCGUCUCCGAGGCGUUUCGCCAUGUGGACGUGCACUCGUUCGACGGACAGCCGCUGACGGUCUUCUUUCGUCUUCAUCUCGACAGAAGGAAAAUACCCAGGUCUGUCGUGGACACGGAGGAGGCGCUGAGGGGCGUCCUGACCCAGGAGGUGAUGGCCCUCCAGCCGAAGGCCUUCCGAGCGCUCCAACUCGACAUCAACAGUAUUCACAUCUCACGGGAGAAGAAUCUACCUGGAUUGUCACCUGUGCUGACCUCGGACGUGAGCUCGACAUCGGGCCAGCCUUCAGGCGGCUCGUCUCAGUCGUCCUCUGCCAGUCCGGAUCACCGAGCACCAGGCGGCGUGGCGACCAGCGGAUCGGGUUCGGACGUUCACCAACUGCAGGACUGGGUCCGACCGCCCCGCGUCGGCUCUGUGAUGCUGCAAGGACAGGGACCUACCGGAGAUGCAGCGGAGACGGAGUUGGGAGAGGAACCGUCUCCCGCACUUCACGGCAGACCCAUCACCGAGUAUCAGCCCUCAGAGUACGGUGACUUCCCUCCGGCUCUGGUCGGCCGCCGGUCGGACCUAGCGACGGCCGCCUCGGUGGAGUCGCACCUCUGGGGCACCGGCGGCGUCUCGCAGCUCCCGGCGCGCCCACCCCGACCCCGACCUCCCCACGGUGACUCGGCAGGGGCCGGCGUCGUGCCGUCAGCUGGUGGUGACCGGGCGCGGCCGGCGGCCGGUGCCGGGUCGCGCCCGGCGCCGCCCGAGAUCGUACCGUUCGUGGACAGGCCGUCAGUGCAGUUGCCGGAGUACGAUCGUACCCCGUGGAGGCCGGUGUUGCCGUCUGGAGAUGAAUCGUCCCCGGGGCAGCGGGUGGCGGCUGUGGGCCCGUCUCUACCGCUGGCUCCCGGGCUGGGUGAGACUCAAGGCGGCGAGAGCAGUCCUCCGUCUCAGACAGGACAGGGCAGUGUCUGGGAUGAAGAGGCUGAAACUUACCCGGAGGAGCAUCGACGCGGCCCAGACCAGUUUCCAGUGAAACACGAUUUUUCAGCACCAGCUAGUCCGAUGGAUCCUGUCCAACCCAGACCAGAUGCAAUUGAGUCAAACCCUGAGACGGAUCUACCUGCUCCGUACUGGCCCAAAUUUUCCUCCGCGAGUUACCGUCCCCCUCCGCGACCAUCGCGACCUCCGGCCAUCCCUUCUGUGGCCUCCUUCCUCCCAAGCCCCGACAAACUGGGAGCAGGACUCCUGCAGAUGCUCUCAGAGUUCGUACUGGCGAGGACGAAACCCACAGUGCUGUCCAGGACCGAACCAAAUGAGCAGCUGGUGACUGGGCAGUCGCAGGCUGUGACUGAACAGUCUCAGCCAGUGACUGAGCAACCAGAGCCGGAGACGGAACUACCGGAUCCGGAGACGGAGCAGCUGGAGCCGGAGCAGCUGGAGCCGGAGCCGGAGCGGCAGGGGCCAUCAGACACCAGCGACCAGAUGGAUACAGAAGAACCAGCGACGUUGCCGCCGCUUACUGUCGUGCUGAAGCCUGCUCCCGCCAAAGCUGGUUUGACCGAGGACGGAGACUUCGUCACCACACCUGACGUAGUGUCGUUCCAAACAGUGCCACCACACCUCCACUUCCACACCGGUCCGGGAGGCGUUCCAGCGGCCUGGCCGACUCCACCAGGCACGGCGGAGGGAGCUGUACCGGCCCCGGUGGGCCCGUCACCUCUGGGCACCACCUGGCCAGCAGAGGCAGAGGGAGACUCUGCCGCCGUAACCGUCUCACCUGAACAGGCCUGGGAGCGCGACGGGCACGUGACCAGGCCCUUCUUCCGCCCGGUGACCUCAUACUCAGGGGUGUAUCCGCCGAGCCGGCCGAAACCACCGUCCCUUCCGCAUCCAGAGUACCCUGCUGUAGGCGAUGAGUCCAACCCUCCGUCCUCAUACUAUGAUACCAAUGAGGAAGGCGAGGAAGACUACUUCUACUACGACACUGAGAUCUUCACCGGCAACGAUCCCGUACACAGCAUUUUCGACAUGUUCUCCACCAGGAAGCCAUUGGUGCUGGAUACAGACAUCGUGACCUCGACUAGCGUCAGAGAACGGUCGCUGGCGGAGGGACGGGCGGCGUCAGGUCUGUCGGAGGGUGCCGCCCAGAGGAGGGGGCCAGGACGGAGGAAAUACAGCGGCAGAGUGCGGAAAGACGGCAAGGAAAGCACGCUGAAAAAGGGAGAUGGUGAGAGUGUUCCAGUGUUGAACGGCGAGGCUGUGAAUGAAGUAAAUGUGACCAGUGCAAAUCUGAGACAUAAGCGGAGUUUGGCGUGGCUGCGGCUCAACUACCCUCGCGAGGACCGGCCUGAUAUCUCGGAGCCCUCGUCGCAGCCGCGGUCUCGGCUUUACGCCAUUCGGAGAUUACCAAGUCCAACCCAGACACCUGUCUCUUCACAGAGACCUCACCACCCUGCUGAGCCCGCUGACGCCGACCUCAGCUCCGCCUCCGGUCCCGUAGCGGCGCGGCGCGUCCGACGUCCCUUACACAGCUCCCAGUCGGUGGCCAGUCUGGCGGCUCGUCUGAGGCUGGCUGCUUCACCCACCGAACGCCCUCGGCGCGGUUCCCGACACCGCCUACCACCCAGAAGAGAGAAACUCGCCGAUAAACUGAUGCGAUUCCGUGGAGUGCGUUCACGGGGGAUCUUUGCGACUACUGCUCGGCCUGAGCGGCGCUGGAGACUGGAAGGCACCACGCGUCUUCCCAACAGCGCUCCGAUUCAAGUGAUUAAGUACGACGAGGGAGCGACGGUGGACGAUAUUCUUGAUAGGAUUUUCGAGACGAGGCGCGAGUUUGAGAGCUCGAAGGAGAAUGAGGUAGGCUCGUCGGACGAGGCGGCGAAGGCUGUGACGGAGAGUAGUUCCAGUGAGCUGUGGAAGAACCCUGAGGCGGACAGGACUGAGUGGCAGGGCUCCGAGAAGAUGGAACUCUGGUCACCCGUAAAGGAGAACGUCCAGUGGACCGGCGAGGAGCACAGUGCUAUCGACCAGGUUAAUCGGAUGGGCUUCACACAGCUGGUGGUGGAGACGGAUAACGAGGUGGGCACUGCGGCGCACCCCUCUGCCGUGGUGCCGACUCGGCCGACACUGGCGUCCCUGCUCAGCAACUACACCUACCCCGGAGGAGCUGACGCCGCCGGGUGCCGGCUGUCCGGGGACCAGUUCCGCUGUGUCUCCGGCGAGUGCAUCCCGCGCCUGUCCCGCUGUGACCUGCUGCGGGACUGCGCCGAUGGCAGUGACGAAAUGGUCUGCACGUGCGCCGACCGGCUCAACGCUCAGUUCCUCGAGAGGAAGAUUUGCGACGGCAUCAUCGACUGCCACGAUAGUACAGAUGAGCAAUUCUGCGACUGGUGUCAGCCCGGCCAGUUCAUCUGCCCGGGCGCCAAGCGGUGUGUACCGGCCGAGACUGUCUGUGACGGCGAGUACGACUGUCCGGACGGCGCCGACGAACACCAGUGUGUCACACUGGCCACGAGCAGGGCGACCGCCGACCAGCGCCGCUACCAGUCCGCCGGAUACCUGAUGGUGCGCCGCCGCGGCCAGUGGGGACCGCUCUGUGUCGACGAUUUCGACGCGCUCGUGCGUCGCACCGGCACGGACUGGAGUGUCCAGGAGCUGGGGAAGGCCGUCUGCAACGCUCUCACCUACAAUGAGACCACGGGCGUGUUCCGUACGGACUCGGCUCCAUCAUCCACCCGGAGACGGUCCCGCCGGCAGCGAGAGCGACGGGACGAUCCGUUCUACCGACUGGUGCUCUCAGAGGAUGCGCCGCGCAACACCUCAGACAGCACGAGCCUGGUGUUUGAGGAGGCCACCUGCCCCCGUCAGACGGCAGUACACAUCAGUUGUGACAGUCUCAAGUGCGGCCUGAGACCGCGCGUCAAACAGCGACGAGCACGGAUCGUGGGUGGCACCAACUCGAGCCCAGGCGCCUGGCCGUGGCAGGCGGCAAUGUAUAGGGACGGGGAGUACCAGUGCGGCGCCACACUCAUCUCAGACAGGUGGCUGCUCUCCGCCGGUCACUGCUAUCUCAGGUCGGCCACCAACCACUGGGUGGCCCGACUGGGCGCGUACCGGCGCGGCAGCACCCUACUAUCGCCGUUCGAAUCACUUCACCAGGUGUCCCACAUCAUCGUCCACCCAGACUAUGAGGAUGUUGGAUAUGUCAACGACAUCGCGCUGCUCCGGCUGGCCGACUCGGUCAGUAUGAGCGACUUUGUGCGCCCCGUGUGCCUGCCGCCGCGCCGCAACGAGGUCACUGAGGGCGCCAUCUGCUCAGUGAUCGGCUGGGGACAGCUGUUCGAGUCCGGCAGGAUAUUCCCCGACACCCUCCAAGAGGUGGAGCUGCUCAUCACCUCCCAGCAGUGCAAGAAGCGCACCUCCCGUCUGCCGCUGUACAAAAUUACCGACGAUAUGUUCUGUGCGGGGUACGACCGCGGCGGCCGCGACGCCUGCCUGGGCGACAGCGGCGGACCACUCAUGUGUCAGGAGCCAUCCGGCGAGUGGACGCUGACCGGUAUCACCAGUAACGGGUACGGCUGCGCGCGCGCCCUCCGGCCCGGCGUCUACACCAAGGUGGCUAACUACGUCGACUGGAUCGAGCGGAUCACCACGGGACCGCUGCCGCGCGCCCGACGCACCCGCUGCCGGGGUCACAGGUGUCCUCUGGGCCGCUGUCUGAAGCGGGACAGCGUCUGUGACGGCGUGGUGGACUGCGCUGACGGCAGCGACGAACGACAGUGCUCCUCCGCCGCGUAACGCCCGCCCGGCCGGCGCGGGCAUAACGAACUGUGACGCACCGGCAGCAAAUACCGUGAUAGUGAGACAAUGUUGUUUUGUUCCUGCGCGUUAUCCUUGUAUCCCGUGCCUUGGCGGCUGGCGUAUCGGUCGCCCGUCGGAGGCGACUGUGUAACUUGUAGCGGCGUGAGACGAGUGAUGGCAAGCGUUCUGUGAUUAAUGCGAGUCUUGCCACGUGCGCCAUGACUUGUGUAGCCGAGAUGGCGUCUGCCUCGCGCCGUGUGUAUUGGUAUGUGUGUGUGUGUGUGUGUGUGGGAGCGAGUGGACGCACGCGACUAUCAGCGACUAGGGACUGCAUCUGAGACGAUCUCGCCCGCGGUGCGGCGCCGCUGCUGGCAGGAGCGGUGGCGCCGCUGUUGUUAUACUCAGAUAUACAUUGUUAUUUAUGUGGAAGGGCAUCCCGGAUAUGUGUGAUAUGGAAUGCCGCCGCGGU